GAAAGAUGAGUGGUCGAGUCCUGUGCAUUUCAACGAUUCCAUUUCGCUUCCAUUCCAUCUCUAAGCUUCCUUCUUAUCCAUCUUCCAAUUCCAGGCUUUGGUUUUGCGGAAACCCAAACGUGAUUGGGAUGGAGGAGCAGGGGUUCUUACAGGCUUCUGAGGCAGUUGUCGCCGAUACCGAUCUGCUCAAGAAGAAACUGGAAGCUAUGCGCCUUUCGGGACCACAGAAGCUCCAGGUUAUUGCUGACUUUGAUGCUACGCUAACGAGAUACUGGAUUGAUGGCCGCCGAGGUCAAAGCAGUCACGGUCUUCUAAAGCAGGGGAAUCCUGAUUAUGAUGAUAAGAGAGAAGAACUUUAUAAAUAUUACCAUCCCUUGGAAUAUUCUCCUACAAUUUCGAUAGAAGAGAAAACGAAGCUCAUGGAAGAGUGGUGGGGCAAAAGCCAUUCACUUCUUAUUGAAGGAGGUCUUACAUUUGAUGCAAUAAAGCAAUCAGUUGCUGAUGCCACUAUUGCUUUUAGGGAGGGAGUGGUUGAGCUGUUUGAACUUCUAGAGGAAAGGAAUGUUCCUGUUCUUAUAUUUUCAGCUGGUCUUGCUGACAUUAUAGAGGAGGUCCUGAGGCAGAAGCUUCACAGAUCUUUUAAGAAUAUUAGGAUCGUUUCGAAUAGAAUGGUGUUUGAUGAUAAUGGUUGCCUUGUAUCAUUUAAGGGCAAGACAAUUCAUAGUCUAAAUAAGAAUGAGCAUGCUCUUGACAUGGCCGCUCCUCUUCAUGACCAAUUGGGUGAUGUAAAUGGAGCAACUAAUGACAGUGCCUCAGUAAGAAAACGGACGAAUGUACUUCUUCUUGGUGACCACAUCGGGGAUUUGGGGAUGUCAGAUGGUUUAAACUACGAUACACGGAUAUCUGUGGGGUUUUUGAAUGACAACAUUGAGAACUCUCUUGACAGCUAUCGCAACGCCUUUGAUAUUGUUUACCUGAAUGAUGCAUCCAUGCUGGGAGUGGUUAAACUUGUACACCAGCUCUUUCCAGUUGGAGGCAUCUGAGGGACAGAACUUUUCUAUAUGGUUAAUGAAGGUGAUCACUUCCAAUUCUGAACAAGAGUAUCGUUCUCCUUUCCAGCUGAGUGUCAACACUCGCUGCUUUUACUCAUUCUUUAGUAGAGUAGUUUGAAUAUGAAACCAGGCAUUUCAAUGUGAACCUCAGGAAUUAAAUGCUUGACGUAGGGUUUCUCUGCUGACAUUGGUUGGUAUUUGGUGGUCGCUUAGAAAUUCUUUGUUUUAUGACAAUUUUCAAAUUCGACAUGAGAUAAAAUCAUUAAAUCCUAUCAACUUCUGAAUAAUUCAUAAUAUGCUUAUCU